AUGAAGUCCUCUUGGAUAUUUAUAAUAUAUAUGCUAUGGCUGAAUGGUCAUCAGUGUGCACCAACAAAGCAGGAGGAAAUGAAUCUCCGGGAAAACCUGAAGCAAUUAUCUGAAGUUGGAGAGAAGUAUGUAGAUGAAGAGGUAAAGAAAGCUUUGAUUGGUAUUAAGCAGAUGAAAAUUAUGAUGGAAAGAAAUGAAGAUAAACACAUAGAUCUGAUGAAAACCUUGAAGAAGAGCAGUGAAGAAAAACAGCAAGCCUUGCGACUUAUGGAUGAAGUAAAGGCAAGAUUGGAAGAAGAAGAAAGACAAUGUCAAGUAGCCUUGAAAAACUUAUGGGAUGAAUGUGAAUCUUGUUUAGAAAGUACCUGCAUGAGAUAUUACACAACUUGCAAGCGUGGUGUGUCAACCUUUAAAAGAAAGUUUGCAGAAGGACGUAAGGACUUGCCCAUUGGCGAGAGUGGGCAGGCUUUUUACAAAUCGUGGCAAGAACAAUCACCUUCUGUUCCCUACACUGCACAUAAGUACACAGAAAUGCAUCUCGCAUCUUUCCAAGAUAAAGUCCAAAUUGUUUGUUGGAAGAAAUCCGAAUGCCGAUACUUUGAGCCUCCACAGAUUAAAGGGCAACUGGUUGAAGAUUUUUUGAGGAAAAUACCUCCCCUCAUUUUCACUUUUCAUGAGGAUCAAGGAAAAGACAUCCAGUUUAAUGAAAAGUCUGAGAAAGAAGAUACCCAGCUAGUAAAAAUGGAAGAUUUAUUUAGCCAACUAUUAUCAGAUGUGGGCUCAAUAUUUGACAGAAGUUUCAUUUUUUUCAAGCACAUGCAAAAAGAAUUUGACCAGUCUUUUCAGACGUAUUUCAUGUCUGAUCUGGACUUGAAUGAGUCCCCCAGCAUGGCAGCUUUACCUGAGGACACCACCAGAAAUGACAGCUCACAAAAAGGCUGGGCUAUGCCUGGCUUUUUACAGAUAGUUUUUGAUUUCAGUAGGACCGUGUUUGAAGGUGUCAGUGAGGUGAUUACCGAUGUAUUUGAUGAAUACAGAGACUAUAGAAGAGAUUUGCCAGAACAAACCAAAGAUCCUGACAGAAGUGGCAUGUUCUCAAAAAUUGUGCCAGGGCACCAGAGACCUCAGUGCAGGGAGCUUCGGGAGAACUCCUCUGGAUGCCCACAGUUUCAUGACAGAUGUCAGAAAUGUCAAGACAAUCUUUUGCAUGAUUGCCCAAACGUUCCUGAGCUGCACAUAAAAUUUGAUGAAGCCUUUAAGCUGGUUAACCUCUCAGGGGAGCAGUAUGAGCAGAUUCUCCAGGUGGUUCGGCAUCACACAGAAGACACUUCCUACUUGUUGACCAAAAUGAAAGAAAGGUUUGGGUGGGUGUCUGAGUUAUCCAAUAUGACCAUCGGACCAGAAAGCAUUUUCAAUAUAGUUAAGGUGGUACCUGGGGAUCCCUCCAGUAAAAAUGAAACUGUGGUAGAUGUGAAUAUUCUGACUUCUCCUACUUUCACCAUUAAAGUUCCUCCCAAUUUAGACCCAGAGAGUGCUGAAUUCAUUGAAUAUGUAGCUGGGAAAGCACUGCAACUGUAUAAGCAGAAUUUCUAA